AUGAGACCCCAGUGGAUUUAUUUUAGUUCAACCCUUCCAAUGCCCCAAAAUCCGAUAAGUGGCUUUGAUUUCAAUAUUUCUGGUCAGCGUACGAUUCUGGCACUAGAUGUUGCCUAUACGUCGAAGAACACUUAUCGGUAUCGGUUACUUGAUCAUUGUCAACAAUUGACCUUCAAAGGUCAGCCAUUUACACCUACGUGUGUUGCAGAAGUCAUAGUUGUUCAAGAAGGAUAUCAAGAAUUCAAUGAUUUAGAUCAGAAAUUCGCUUUAAAAUGGACUUGUCAGGCUAAUAGGGUUGUUUAUCGAACUUCACAUGGCUGGAAUAAUGUAAAUGGUGGCAAUGUUUUGCCAGGAUUCACACUUGAAGUAGAGAAAAUUGAUGAUGCAAUUUCACAGAAAUCCUCGGAAUCAUCAUCAUCAGAAAGUGAUGAAACAAUUAACUGUCCUAAAUGCGGUGCAACUUUCUCAAAUGAUUACACUUUCAUGAAACACUACGAAGAUAAUCAUGCUCGUAAAUGGCGUAAAAAAGAGUGA